AUGUCUCAAUCAGAAAGAAUUGUUGUCCAUUGGUUAAAUUACUCAAGAUCUCAAAGAAUUAUUUGGUUAUUAGAAGAGUUAAAUAUUCCUUUUGAGUUAAAAACUUAUAAAAGAACUAAAGAAUUUAGAGCCCCACUAGAAUUAGAUGAUGUUCAUCCAUUAGGAAAAUCACCAGUGAUUGAAAUCAUUAAACCAGAUGGAGAAAAGAAAGUUUUAGCAGAAUCUGGUCAUAUAAUUCAAUAUUUUUUAAAACAUUAUGAUCCAAAUCACAUUUUAACUCCAACUAAUCCAAAAGAACUUGAAGAAAUGGAUUAUUUCUUACAUUAUUCUGAAGGAAGUUUAAAUUCUUUAUUAGUUACUUUGUUAGUUCAUCAAUUUGCUAAACAAAAGGCUCCAUUUGGUACAAGAUUUUUAAUGGGAUUAUUAGUUAAAGGAAUUGAUGAUCAAUUUUAUUUACCCGAAUUAAAGAAAAAUUUGAAUUUUUUGGAAAAUGUUUUAAUCAAACAGAAAAAGGAAUUGAAUUCAAAGUAUUUUGUUGGUAAUUCUUUAACAGGUGCCGAUAUAAUAUUAAGUUUCCCAAUAUUGACAAACAUUUUCAGUUCUAAAGACUCAGCAAAAGCUUUAGGUGUCAAUGAUAUAGAGAAAAGAUGGCCAAAUUUGAAUGAGUGGAGUGAAAACAUUGCCAAAGAACCAAAAUUCAUAAAAGCAAAAGAAUUGGUUGCUGAAUACGACACUAUUACACCAAAUAUAUAA